CUUCUCAUUUUUAAAGAGAGAGUCUCUUAAAAUCUAAGAUUCUUUGAAAUUCGAAACUCAGAGCUUUAGGAUGACUUCCUUUUUUGUAUAGUUGAGUUUCUGGAGCCCUGGAAAUCCCAUUUGUAAAGCUAAGAAGAUUUUCACCAGAUCUCCAAGACAACUCUGGCUUUAAAAGUCUUAAGAAUCUAUAGUGGUACAGCAUAUUGAGUAAAUAUUUUCACCUUGGAAUGACCUUGGAGCACUCCAGAGAUAAACUACCCGCUUUAGGAUGUAGGAAACUGCUCCAGCUUUAGCCUUUAUUUUCAAACUCCACACUGAAAGGAGGGAUAAUCAUGGAGGAAAGACGUAUAUAAUGGAAAGAAUGUUUAAGAAAAAAAAAUGGGAGCAGUUUAUCAUCUUUAAGAAUGGAGAAAAUUCGAAUUAUCCAUAGCAUGAACUCCAGGUUUCCUCAGAAAAAGAUGCCCUCAAAAAGACCAUUCCAGCUCCAGGUAACAGAGGACACAUAUCUUAGCUGGGUUGCUCUAAGGACUGAUGUCUAAACCAUCUCAGCAUGGCCGAUAGAGGAGGAGGUGGGGAUGUCAAGGCUCCUUCAGCUCCACUCUUCCUGGUUAGCCCUGGAAACUUUUUCACCUGUACAGCCCACUCUCAUAAUAUAUGCAUGGUAUCUGACUUUUUCUACCCAAACAUGGGAGGAGUGGAAAGCCACAUAUACCAGCUCUCUCAGUGCCUGAUUCAAAGAGGGCACAAGGUCCUAAUUGUCACCCAUGCUUACGGAAAUCGAAAAGGCAUCCGUUACCUCACUAAUGGCCUCAAAGUCUAUUACUUGCCUCUGAAAGUCAUGUACAACCAAUCUACAGCCACGACCCUCUUUCACAGUCUGCCAUUGCUCAGGUACAUAUUUGUUCGGGAGAGAGUCACAAUAGUCCAUUCCCAUAGUUCCUUUUCUUCCAUGGCCCAUGAUGCUCUCUUCCACGCCAAGACAAUGGGGCUCCAUACCGUCUUCACGGACCAUUCCCUCUUUGGAUUUGCUGAUGUCAGCUCGGUGCUCACAAACAAGCUUCUAACUGUGUCGCUUUGUGACACAAACCACAUCAUAUGUGUCUCUUACACUAGUAAGGAAAAUACUGUACUAAGAGCAGCACUGAAUCCUGCAAUAGUGUCCGUCAUUCCUAAUGCGGUAGAUCCUACUGACUUCACUCCAGAUCCUUUUAGGAGACAUGAUAGUAUAACUAUUGUUGUUAUCAGCAGACUUGUUUACAGAAAAGGGACUGAUUUGCUUUCUGGUAUAAUACCUGAGCUCUGUCAGAAGUAUCAAAAUUUAAAUUUCAUAAUUGGAGGAGAGGGACCAAAGAGAAUCAUUUUGGAAGAAGUACGGGAACGAUACCAGCUGCAUGACAGGGUGCGUCUUUUGGGAGCUUUACAACACAAGGAUGUUAGAAAUGUCUUAGUUCAAGGACAUAUUUUUCUUAAUACCUCCCUUACCGAAGCAUUCUGCAUGGCUAUUGUGGAAGCAGCCAGUUGUGGUUUACAGGUUGUAAGUACUAAGGUUGGUGGAAUCCCUGAGGUGCUCCCAGAAAAUCUCAUUGUUUUAUGUGAGCCUUCAGUAAAGUCUUUGUGCGAAGGGUUGGAAAAAGUUAUCUUCCAACUGAAGUCGGGGACACUUCCAACCCCAGAAAAUAUCCAUAGUGUAGUAAAGACUUUCUAUACCUGGAGAAAUGUUGCACAAAGAACUGAAAAGGUGUAUGAGCUGGUUUUGAAGGAAGAUGUGUUGCCCAUGGACAAGCGGCUGGAUAGGCUCAUUUCUCACUGUGGCCCAAUAACAGGCCACAUUUUUGCUUUGUUGGCUGUUUUCAACUAUCUGUUCCUUAUCUUCCUGAAAUGGAUUUCUCCAGAUUCUACUAUUGAUAUUGCAAUAGAUGCCACUGGGCCAAGGGGUGCCUGGACUCAUCACUCUCCUCACAGUAAAGAAAGGGGUGACAAUAAGAAGGUGUCUAAAACCAGGUAGAAGAAAGCCUGCCUUGUAAAGUUUUAAACAUUUGUAACACUUCUGUUAAGACUAUUGAAAAUAACUUUGCUUUUUUGUUUUUGUUUUUUAAAGUUAAUUCAGUAAGUUAUGCUACCUCUCUAUCAUUCAAUGUUUUAUUUAUUUUGAGGAAAGAAACUUAUGCAAUUCCUGAGUGUAGAAACUCCUUGCACUUCUUUACAAUUUAGGAGAGAACAUUCAAGCCACUCAGGUAUGAAAUUUUUCAGAUAUUGAAAUCCCUCUAGCAGAGAUGUUUUAACAUAUUUUGAGAGCUUUGGGUGCUGAAGGGCCAAAUGUUUCUGGGCAUUUUUGGCCAGUUUUUAUUGUUAAAUCAUUGCUUAGACAUUCACUAAAUGUUUACAGGUUUUCUUUAGGGAAGUAUACCAAUUACGGAAACUAUUUUAAGACAUAUUCAUAGAUAUCUAUUAGGCAUUUAAGUGAUGCUCUUAAGCAUUUAUUGGGUCCACUCAGUAAGUGUUACAUAUAAUCAGCAGGUUUCUUGAAUGAGAUGGUCUGUUAGCUAAUGAGCAUGAUUUGAUCACCUGCUGUGUGUAAACUGCUGCUAAGGACCACACUUUAUCAUUCACACGGCUUACUUCAUUAUAGUCAUGGCUGACAUGAGAUGGUAAAAUAUAUUAACAUGCCAAAAAUGAUCAUGCUAGUUAAUGCCAGGAAGACAUCGCUGGUAUAUUCCAAGUCCUCCUUUGAUCAUGUUGUAUGUAUUCUCCUAGGUAGAGCCCCCAUUUGUUUAUGAAGAGCCCUUUUGCUUUUUAAAUUCUAGGGACCGAUAUCACUGUUGAUGAUAAUGCAGAGAAAGCCUCCACAUUUUUCAAUACAUAAUUUAGUCCUCUAAAUACCUUCUUGUUACCUGAGCAGAAUGUAUGAGGUAUGCCAUCUCAAAACCAGCUGCUACUGUAUCCUUUUGAUAUAAGUCACUACCCUCUGCUGUGGCCUAGCUGAUGUCUGAUAAGUAUUGUCAGUGUGCAAAAGGCUUUUCUCCAGAAUGUUUUAUUUAUAGCAAACCAAGUCUGAAAAUUUUAGGAACACAAGUCUCUUUGUGGGUGGAUGUUAUUAACUGUAAUCAUUGUUGCCCAGAGCCAUGGGUUUUUAACCCCCAAUUGUCCACAUGGUGUGUAUUAUGCUUUGAACUCUUUAGAGUACAUUUUUGUGAAAAAAGGACUAUGAAAUCAAAACAGUGAGGCACUUGUGUGUACACUGGAUAGAUUCUCUCAGUAUUGUGAUUCUGUACAGGAUAUUUUUAAUGACAGCAUUCACGAAACGUCUUACCUUUUAAAAAGUAUCUUAUGCCUAUUACCUGAUUGCCACUGAUAUAAAAAGAAAUAUAUCAGUGUUUUGUUUAUACUAAAACAUAAAUGCAAGAGUGCAAUUUUUAAGAUAUAGAAGUUAGAAAUUCUUUUGUUGGAGAAAAAUGGACUUACCCUAACCAUUCAGUCUUAUUAAGAUUUUUAUGCAUUGAAACUGACAUAGAUAUGAAAUAAACAGUGCCAAUAUUCAUGAUAAAAUGAGAAAUGGUUAAUAUUUGGUUUCACUUGUUCUACUCAUCAGUUUUUAAAGGUACACUGCUAUUUUCCCUUUUUCUCUAUUUUUUUCAAAAUUGUUUAAUUCAUGAAUUGUCAUUUAAGAUGAAAAUAGAAUUUAAAAGUGAUUAAUUUUGCUUAUAAAAUGUGUAAUUUACAAGUCAGAAUUAU